AUGUGUGAUAAUUCAGAAUCUAAAAAUUUGGAUGAAUCAUCUGGUCUUUUUAUCAAAAAAAGCACUGCUUCAAAAAAUCUUAGUUUUGACACUGAAAGUUUGGUAAUCGUGACCAAGCCCAUUAAAUCAUCCACCAAUACUAAAACAUCAGAUAAAAUGGUAUCAGAUGAUCAUAAAAAAAUCAAGGAAAAAGUUUUAGAGAUAUUUUCAAAACGUGAAAAUUUAUAUGCUAAUUUGAACAAGGAUAUUAAAAAGGAACAAGAUCUUUUAGAUUGUAUUCCUGGGUUGUAUCUAUUGUUAGAUCUAAAAAAAGACAAAGGAUCAAAUGGUCUUGUUAACAAAAUAAUCAUAUCAAAGGAAUCAUUAGAAAAGCUUUGUAAUGAAUUGGUUCCUAAAAGUUUUAAGUAUGAUUUGCUUGUAUCUUCAAAUAAAACUGAAAGUCCUUCUCUUCAUUCAGGAAUCUACUUGUUGAUUGUGAAUGUUAAUCUUGGUUUAGUAAUUCAUUGGCCUGAGCCUGGUUGUUAUGAAGAGAAUGCAUCUGAUCAUCUUAAAAAAAUCAAAGAAAGCCAAGAAGAAAAUGAUUUCCAGUUAUAUGAAGGCUUUAAGGUCCAACUACCAAACUACAUCCAACCAGACCUUAAGAUCAUUCAUCAUAAUGGAACCUCUAUGCAACCUACUGUUGUUGAAUCUGUGUCACAUCAAGCAUUCAUCACUCAAAGUAUUAUCAGAUCAUCCCCAAUAAUGAAAAGAUAUUCAGCAAUUUAUUCAAAAUCUUAUAAUAAAACUCCAUUCAAAGAGCUCAUUAAAGGAUAUUCCCUCAAGAUUGAAAAAAAUUCCAUGGACAUGACAUUAUUAAAAAAGUUUAUUGAAUUUUGCCUAGAUGAUGAGAAGGAGCUAUUAUCAUCUUAUGAAGAAUCCAUAAAAGCUGAAAAAGAAACAACUAAAAUCCAUGAGAAAUAUCCUGAUAUAAAUAAAAAAAUAGAGGAAUCUAUUCUAAUAAGAUCAAACCCCUGGAAAUCUUUGAAAGAGAAAUUUCUCUUUUGUUCAUUUAUGACUAUUGAAAUGUUUAUUAAAUGGAAAACAAAUAACACUAAUUCAAAAGACAACCCUGACUCAAAUAAAGUGGAAAGCUGUUUUUCUGAAUUUUUUUGCAAUACAUUUGCUGAUAAAGAAGAAACAGAUCUUACUAAAUUAGUAAAUAAACAUGCAGAAAAAUCUUUAGCAUCUAUUACUACUGGACCAAAUUCUGAAUCUCAUGUCAUUGGACCUCAUGUUAUUGAACCUAAUAUUCGAAAAGCUAAACAAAUAGCAAAGCAUGUACCUGACUCUAAAUUUGUUAAUGAACUUUAUGAUUUUAAAUCAAUUAGUAUUUCUAAUUUUGAAAUAUUUAAUAUUUCACAAGAAAAGAAAAGUGUAAUCAUUGAUUCUUUUCUUGAAAACUUUAAAAAAUGGAGGAAAGGCUUUUCCGAGAAUGUCAAAAAUAUAAUACCAAAAUAUACAAAUGUUAAAACAUAUUAUGAAGAAAAAUUAAGCAAGGAAUUAUCACAAAAAAUUAAAGCAAUAGAAAAACAAGAAUUCACAAGGGUUUGCCUAUUACUUGAAGAAAAAUUCCCAGAUGGACCAAUUUUUAAAAUUAUAGAAGCUGAAGAAACAACAUUUUAUAAGUAUUUAAAACUUACUUAUGAAAUUGAGUCAAUACAACCUGAUCACCUAAAUAUAACAUUAUAUGAAACACGCUUGGAAGAGUCUGAAAACUCAAAUAUUCAAAAAAAUGAGUUAUAUGUUCCAAAACUUCAUCUUGACAGCAAUAAGCAUACUUCCUUCAAAAUAGAUCCAGAAAGAUAUGAACUCAGAAAAAUAUCUCAAUUUGAAAAUGGAAAGUUCCUAAUAAUACUUCGGAAUAAAAAAUCAAAUCAAAUAGAAAUUUUUUUUGAAAAUUCUAAUCGCUUAAAAUCAGCUUUUCAAUUAUCAAAUUUAAAACCACUAAAAACAUUAAAUCCUGAUGGUGAUUGCCUUUUUGCUAUAAAUGAACCCAAAGGUUUAAUUGGAAUUUAUGUUGCUGAAAAAGGACUAAAUGUUUAUGCAUUUGAUGAAAAUCAAACCAAUCUUUAUGGUCGCAACCCCAAUAUUCAAAUUCUACAAUAUUAUAAUAAUUCAGCACCAGUUAUUAAAUAUUUUUUCUUUAUAAAAACUACCGAAGAAUUAUGUUUUGUAGAAGCUAAUGGUAAAACAAAAAUUUAUAACCUUGUGACUGGUCAAUUUCGUCCUGCAACACUACAAUUUCCUCCAGAUUCUAUAAACAUGUCAAGCACACCUGAUGGUUCUUGUAUUGUAGUAUUUGUAAAAGAAAAAUCAACAGCAUCUAAUGAUGAUGAAAAUGGCACAGGUGAAAAAAAUGAAGAUAAUGAAUGCCCAGAAGAACAAAAAGGUUCAAAUAGUAAAGAUUUAACUUCAAAUGAUGUAUUUAAAGCCUAUGUUUAUUUUUGUUCAAAUUUGGGAAAGACUGCUAAUAAAGUUGUUGAGCUACCUUCAAAUAUGAAUUCACUACAAUUAUUUCAAUUUUCAUCUAUAAAUGGUUGUCAAAUGCAUCUUACAACAAUUGACAUAGAAAAUAAUCUAUUUCAUUCAUUAAUUACAAAAAUUACCCUUCAAAAAACCCAAUGCCAAUUUCAACAAUGUAAUCAAGGAAAACCAAUUGGUCAAAUUAGAUUGCUGAAAAUUACCUCUGAUAAUGAUAAAAAUAGAUGCUCAAUCUUAAAAACCAAUUUUAAUCAUAACAUAAAGGAGGGAGAGCACAUUGUUAUUAAAAAAGAAAAAUUAAGUGUUGUUGAUGUAAUUUCAAAUACUGAAUUGAAGGUUGCAGGUGUAUAUCAGACUUUGUCACUUGAUGAUGACACAUGGAUUGGCUUUCAAACUGUACCAAAGACAAAACUUAAUGGUUUUAUAGAUGUAUAUAAAUUAAUGUUUGAAAAGUAUCCAAUUGGUAGUUGCAUUGAUCCUGAACAAAAUCAACUACUUAAUUUGAAAAUUGUCCUUGAUAUAAAUGAUGAUUGUAAAGAUGAAAAUUAUGAUAGAAAUGGUCCCGACAAACCAAGGCCAUCUAUCAAAAAAUUUGUUAUCAGCAGUUCUAACAAUUCUAAUUUUAUUUUUGAUGAACGGCACAGUUGA